CGACUUGAAAACAACUCUACUGCCUGGAUUGCAACAGAUCAAAGGCUCUUGUUGGAUUCAAGCUCACGCGCACGUCCUCGUCAAACGCAGCACGACGUGUCGCCACACGUAACACACUCACAUGUCUGACUUCCAGUCUGGCGUUUCCCUCACACACAACCCUGUUGUAGUUGCAUCUGUCGCGUCUGCAGUGCCACAAGCGCCUUGCUGCACAUCAAAGAUGUCCAAACUUGACUUACCCACAUUCUCUGGUCCGAUUGAGCCCACAAUGAUUAACGCCUGGCUCGGGCGCUGCGAGGACUCGUAUCUCGCAUGGUCUGCCUGGAAUCCGGGACAUACGAUAUCUCCGCAAAUACUUAUUAUACUUGCGGGCCUCCAGCUGGAAGAACCGAGCGCAAGACUUUGGUGGAACCAGAAUCGUGAUGUGCUCAAGCAGCUUGCUACGUGGGAGGCAUUCGCCUCGCGCUUCCAGGAUCAUUUCACACUCUCCGGCUGGUAUCUCGACGCCCUCGCCCGCUUCUACAACGUCUCGCAAGACUUCGACGACUUCCGCACGUUCGUUGCUUCCUUACGAGCAGCUCGGAACACGCUUGGUUCGGCAGGUGAUGGUUACACUAUCAGUGACUCCAUUUUCAAAAACCAUUUGUUCUUUUUUGCCAAUCCCGUGCUUCAACUUCGUGUCCGGGCCAUACCAAACUUCGCGUACGGGAACUUGAAGGUUGAAGCACUGAUCAAUAUCAUGGAGACUAUGUGGUCGAGCCUCGUCGCGGAAGGCUUCACAAUGCCUGCGCCUAAGCCAAUGCUCAUGUCUACCUCGACUGCUCCUGUGUCAAACGCGCACUCAUUAAACUCUACAUAUCCUCUUCCCGACCUCACCUAUGCCGAACGGGAAGUCUUACGCUCAGCAGGAGGUUGUUUCCACUGUCGUCUGUCGCCAUCCGACCUCGCCUGGAAACCACACGUUGCACGUGAGUGCCCGGGUGACGAACAACGCAGCAUUCCUCCCCGGGCUCCCCGUCCCAUCGCAGCAGUGAUCCUACCUAAGGUCCUCAUCACACAUGACAACCCCGGCGUCACAGGUAUCUCAAACCCAAAAGAUGGUACCAUUACCGCUAUCCUGCCUCCAGUUGUGGUUAGGCGACCAUCUUAUUUCGACGACUCUGACAGUGAUGAGGACUGAUACCUUUAUUUGUUCUUCGGAUUGUAUUCUUUUUUGGCCCCUGAUGUUAGCUUAUGCACCACGGACUCCUCCGCAUUUCGUACAUUGGUGAUUCUUUAACCUUCCCCUGUUUGCGUAUUGUUGGGACUUCUUCGGACUCAUAGAACAAUGAUUUCCUUGAUGGCAUGAGAGGGCUCUCCUUAUUUCCGAAGUCCUCUAGGAGUUGCCACUUAUUCGCACAUGUCGGAACAGCAGACCCGUCGUAGCGGAAAUGCCUUGUAGCACUUGCAACUAUAUGCAAAGUUUUCCACGAGCCUGCAAUGAAUUUCCUUUGGGCUGA